ACCAAAAUGGCGGAAGGGCCGCGCGUUCCAAAACAAAGUGAAAGAACGGAAGACAUUUCACAGCAAACUUAUGAUCACCCAAUUUUUAGAGAAAUUUCAUUUACGAAUGGACAAAUUAACAAGAUGAAGAAAGAGGAAGUCAAACGUUGCCUUGUUGAAAGGGGUUUGGACUCACGGUGAGUUUUGUGUAAUUUUUGGCGCUUCAAUUUGCAUUGACAUACAUGGAUUUUUACCACAAUAAUUGCGAUUAUUUUUUGUUAAGGUUUUCUUGUAACUGACGAGGAAAAGCUAUCGUUAAGUAAUCUAUCUUGUAUGUGGUAAUUCAAGUUUCUACCUUAGGAAUAAAAAGGACAUUAGGAUUUUUUUCUUUGACUUUAGUCUUCUUUCAGUACAAAUUUUGCGUAAGAUUACGUGCACUUGUUGUUAACGAUCACUUCAGAGUCAAAGAUCGAAUGAGAACAAGUCAGUUCUAUCCUGAAGGUUUUUCGGUCGACAAACACAAUCAUUCAUCAGUAUACAGGGUGCAAAGAAAGUCAUUUUUACAGCUUGCCGUUCGGGCAAGCUGAAGCUAGCAUUUACUAGCCCAGAUGUCAUUUCAACUAGCCCCAGCCGCUUUUUGACGAGCAGAAUUGAUUUCAUAGUUCUUCUGUUAUUCGAACUGCUCAAAAAACCUCACUUGCCCGUCAGGCAAGUUAACAACAGAAUUCAUCAGCCCGAUAGCAAAAUCCACCAGCCCUGGGCUAUCGGACACUACUUUCUUUGCACACUGGUAUACAAUGAAUGGAACUCCUUUGGACUCUAUAUCUCAUGAUCCUUGCUUGGGAGUCGGGCUGUCCUCCACUUUGAAUUGAAGCUUUCAUGUAGAAAACGUUAUAGGGAAGGCUAACCGGUCCCUUGGUUUCAUCAGACGUAAUCUUUAUUCCUGUCCUGAGAAUGUUAAAAGUCAGGCCCACCUCACCCUUGUUCAUCCUUGUCUGGAAUACACCUGCAGGGUGUGGGACCAACAUACUUAAAAGCAUUGCCACGAUAUUGAAAGAGUACAGCGGCAAGCUGCCAGAUUUGAAAAAAACUGCUACAAGGGGGAACCCAGAACAGUCACUAAUCUCCUUAAUGAUUUGAACAGUGGCACUCAUUAGAACGGAGGUCUACACAAAAUUGCACGACUUACCACCAUGUACAAAAUAGUGAACAAUAAAAUCAGGGUCAAUAUUCCAGAGUACAUUGUACGCCCAACCCGUGUUACACACUCCUACCAUAGCAGCAAGUUUAUAAGCAUUGCUAGUAACAGCAAUACCUAUAAGUACAAUUUUUUUUAUUAGAGCUCUAAAAGGAUGGAACACUUUACCUUCCUUUUUUAUUCGAUCAGCCUUCUGUGGACAAUUUAAAUCUGCUGUUACUAGUACAUGUAUCAUUAUUUUAUUCUCCUUCAUUGAUUUUUAUACAUCAUUUUAUUAUAUUAUUUAUUAUUAAUUAUUAUAAUUUUUUUGCACAUUCACGGUGAUGGGAAACCUUUGUGAAUUAUAACAUAUAAAUAAAUAAAUAAUCAGGCUGGUUCUGCAAGCGGGCAAGAUGAGACUACCUUGCUCGCUUGGGAUUUUCAAGGAAGGCGAGAUCAAGAUGGCUGGAUAUUGGCCGCAGUACUUGUUGCUGCGGAGCGACCGAAGGGAGCGAGCAGCAACAUAAUCAGGAUUUAAAAGAAAUAUAUAAGGGGCGAUGAAUUCUCGAAUUCAUCACUUUUUACCACAAUGCCUUGCAUUUAACCACACUUUUUACCACAAUGCAUUGCAUUUAACCAGAGUGCAUUGCGCCACGAACAACUCAAAUAAAAACACGGGGAAGUUCGGUGGGUGAGAGAGUGCAUCGUUUGCUGCUCAGACUUAGAGUUUUCUUUGUGGCAAAUUUUCUACAGCACGGUUAGCGGUCUUACCAAAUUUUAAGACACGCAGGAGUCUUUCAGAUGAGUACGAUGGUUAUCUUGGGGAUUGGAUUUCAAUUCAAAAGCCUUUGACUCGUCCAGGUGUUAAACCUGACGAGAAGAUGAGCAUUUGCUCUUCGACUCCUCAACACGGGGAAUAUACAAAUUCCAGCUUGCUAGAAGGUGAUGUGAAAGUGAGAAAAUGUCAUGCAAUGCUAUUCUUAAGAAAUUGUAUGAGCCGAAAAUGGAUGUGAUUUUGACCAUUCACUUCAAAAUAUUAAACAGCGGAAAUCGAGAUAACAAAACAUAUGUUUUGUGUCCUACUUUGCAGACGAGGACGUGUAUCGGCGUUUUGAAAAGCAUAAUUAUGUUCUUUCAUUCAUUCAUUGCCUUGGAAUAUGCGUUUACAUUGUUUUUUCACUGUUAAUAGCUCGGUUAAUGCGGCUGGCGAUCAUCUUGCCGGCGGAAGUUUCAUGGAAAAGGAAUAAAAUGAAAGACUUUUCCUAAAGAUUACGUAAUCAGCCUCUGUGGUGUAGUGGUUAGGUAUAGUCGCGCCGAGUCGAAGGUGCCGGGUUCGAGUCCUACCGAAUUACUUAUUUCUACUUUCUUUUUUUUUUCCGUUUUUUGUGUUGUUGUUUUCUAUAAAUAUAUAGCUAAAUAACUGUUACUUAAUAAAUUGCAACAAACAGCAAGAAAAGUAUUGUGUUUCCAAAGAAAAUAUCGUGCACCGUAUAUUAAAUAUAUGGAUAAACAAUCUGAAUUUCUAUUAUUUCCUACAAUUUACUGUGGGAAAACCAGAGUUGAUAACCACUUGAUCAUUUUCUAAACAACGUUCCCACGAGUUCUUUCUAUAGACUGAUAGUAAUUAUUCUGGUACUUUCCAACAUGUAAAUAGGACAUUCAAUGUCAUUUUUGAUUCUUUUAAGUCUCACUGCCUAACUAAUGCCAGUAUCAACAGAAUGUGCCGCAGCAUUACUAUCUUUUAGAUACCCUAGUUUGCAUAAUUUAUUAUUGACCACAACUUCGUGUCAGGCCAUAAAAAUGUGAGAAAAAGAACUUAGCCAGUAUCCUGCCAUCUUGACCCCAAUAAGGCAUAUAUGUCCUAGUGCAGGCAUGUUAGUGGCUGGCAAGGCCGAUAAAGACUGGCAGGUCCUACUCCAGCAGCUGUCAAAGGGAAAUGUCUAAUCAGGGGUGGGUGCAGCUUGAACAAGGUUUUCCCCCCUUAGAUGCAUUCCCUCCAGCGUAGCAGGGCAAGUAGCUUCAAGGGAGCUGGUGGCUUGGUGGAUGGUAAGAUGCCAAGUAUUGGACUGCUAAGGCUUUUGACAGAAAUGCUUUGUGCCUUUCCAUCCAAGCUGCCAUCGCUAGGUUGAUUCUAGGCAGGGGCCAUCUCUAUAAAGCCAUAAAUCUGAAGGACUUCCCAACAGAUUUUAAACAUUUAGUCCUCAAUCUGAUGUUUCCUGUUGUAACAAUGCUGUUUCAUUUUUGUGUAAUCCAUUUUUUCCUUUGUAUUAACAAAUAGGGGAGUGAAGGAAGUUCUGCAGAAACGACUAAAAAACCACAUCAAGAAAGAGAAACUGGUACAGGCUAAACUAGUGCAGGAAAAGAGAAUGAAUGAAGUUCACUUUUACUGUGUUAUUGACUUUGAAGGGACAUGUGAAGAAGAAAAUCCCAAAGACUACAUUCAUGAGAUUAUUGAGUUUCCUGCUGUCCUUGUGGAUGCGACUACACUUGAAGUGGUAAGUGAAAUUAGUAGGGGCACCGAACAACAGUUACUGUUUCCUGUAAAUCAUCCAUUUGGAGAAGCAAAUAUCGCCUAUAAUUUUCUAUAGCUUGAGGGUGGCUAAAAAUAUUUACAUGCCUGUUCCAUUCAUGUACUAUUUUGGAAGUUUAUCUUAUAUAUUCCGUACAGUUUUCUGAACCCCAGUUUUUCAUAUUUCCCUCCCCAGAUUAAGCUGUAUUUUGUACAAGAAAGAAACAAAAAAUUUUCUCACCUUAGAAAAGUAUUUUAAGUUUCAUCUAAAAUUUUUGGGAAAAUAAAACUAAAAGCCCAAAGUUGCACUUUUGAAAAGACUUAAGUUACCUUAGGAUGACUGAAAAGAUACAAAUUUUAUAGUGCCAUUUACUAGAAUGCAUUUGUAGAGUUUUUUAAAUACUGUGGAUAGCCUAAAAGUGUUUUCAAUGAAUUUACAAGAUAACCAUUGCUGGGUGCCCCUAAAUUUUAGUGUGCAGUGUUCCCCCUAAUUUUUAGGUAAGCAGGUAAGGGACCAUUCAUGGCCAGUUAGGCAAAAUAUAUGCACCAGAGGCACAAUUUCCUGGGGGAAGCAGGGGGGGGGGGCGGGGUAAUGAAGUGAGGGUCAUGGUCCCACCCCAGGAGGAGGAGCUAAUUAGUUCUUUGAAACAUCAUUCCCUCAUUUUAAGACCUAUUUUACACAAAUCAGCCAUUGUUAUCUUUAGACUACAAUGAAUUUAAAACGUUUGAUCCCAAUUAAAUUUCAUUCUGUCUACAAUGUUCUUUUCCAAAAUGUGUGGCCCAUAAAAAGAAAAACCGUAUAUACAUUAGUACUUUUUCAUAUAUUCAUUCAUAUUUAUUUCCUUGAUCAGAUAGGAUCACAACUUGCGUAUUUUUUAAAACUACUUAUUUAAUUUUAGUAAACCUUCAAGCAGUUGCAGCAGUAAGAAUUAAGUGUUGCUUAUUUUACUGGUUGCGUGCCUGAUAAGAAGAACACUGCUUAAGUGGGUUUUGCACCCACAUCCUUUGAAUAUUGAAGCACAAGUUAAACUGGGCACCUAUUCAAAAUAUAGCAAAAUACAAUCAUGAUACUAAUAACAAGAGUUUUAACAAACUGAACCAGUCAAGUUUAUUUACAAAAAAAAGGUGGACAUUUGUAGUAGUUUUUGCAGGGCUCAUAUUAUGCGAUGGUGUGAUUUUUCAUAAUACUGGCCUCAAAUCAGAUCCAAUCACAAAAUUUAAGGAAAAUUGCAUACUUCUUAAAAAUUGCUUAAUUCAAAAGUAAACAAUGAUUUUUUCAGAAGGUCAAUGCUGUUUUAGCAUGAUUUAUCACUAAACAACUAAGCCUUACAAGACAUCCAAAACCUUCAAUUGUGGUUGGUUGUGAUCAUUGGGCAGCCUUUUGAGUAUUUCAAAGACAAGCGGUGUUGUCAACGUGCUUAUAGUUUGGGUGUUAAUACAUGCAUGUUGUUGUUGCUAGGUAUCUGAAUUUCAUGAAUACUGCAAACCACAGUUCAAGUCACAAUUGUCACAGUUUUGCCAGGAACUCACGGGAAUUUCACAGGUGGGUGUGGUGUCAUUAUCAUCCAUGGUACAGUGGAAGCUCUCGUAAAUGGACACCCUCAGGAUACGAAAAAGGUGUCCGUAACUGGAGCUGGCCGCUUACAAGAAUAGUUGAUCAUAUGCGGCUACAAGGGGUGUAAGGGUUAUAUGGCAGCUUACGGGAGUUUGCCCAGCUACAAGUAAACUUUGCAAAUGCAAAAAAAACUGUUUGUUACUUUUUGGCUAUACUGUUGUUCUGGGAAUGUUACAAUUCAGUCACAAGCCUAAAAUUCAAGGGAUGUCUUGAGGUGUUACCCAUAUUGUAUGUGAAAAAAAUACAAGCACUGAUAACUGGCAUCAAUUCAUUGUGAUGAACAGUGAUUUGGAGUCAAGAUUCAGAUUAAAAUACAAGAUUCAGACGUGAAUGAGAUUUCAUUUUGGUUGUCUGCCUUCUGAAAGUGUCCUUGGCUGCUUGUGGGUAUGUCCACGUACAAGAAUGUAAAAAUACAGAGUUUGUAUGGAAGUUAAAACGAGAUUUUGUGAAGACCGCCAGUUUGUAGAGCUGUCCACUCACCAGAAUGUCUGUUAAGAGCGCUUCCACAGACUGUAGUUGCUAGUUCAAGUUUGAACCAUUUGCCUCAUUCUUAAGUUGUGGCUUACCCUGGGUAGCAGAGGUUUUUUCUAUGUGUGCAAAACUCACUACUCCUCUCAACAACUUUUAAAAGGCAUUGUUUGAUAGGAUUAAAACCCCAUUUAAGCCCUAAAUAACAACCAUAUGCCUCUAAUGAUAGCUGAAUGGUCCUUCUUUUAAUUUGAUACAUUGCUGUUACUUAUAAUCCUAGUACUUUUUUGUUAACUUUUUGUGAAAAGUCUUUUGACUCCCUGAUAAGUGAUGAUGUCAGUGUCGUCAAUCAAAUCUGAUCACAUGCCAAGCAAAACAUCUCACUUUAUUUUUGUUCUUGUUGAAUCGGUUUGUUUAUUUAUUUGUCAUUUCUAAGGAAUUAGUGGACAAUGCAGACUCCUUCCCAGAUGUCCUCUCCAGAUUUGAGCAGUGGCUUAGAGGGCAAGAACUUGGAACAAAAUAUAAAUUUGGUGUAGUUACAGAUGGGUAAGUAAUCUUCUCAGUUUUCUUCUUACUAGUUUUUUGGUGUACAACGUUUCUGGAAAUUGUUAAUUCUAGAGAGACACUUAAUUCUCCUUCCUUUGUAUUUUUUUUAGUCCCUGGGACAUGGGUCGUUUCUUCUCAACGCAGUGCAGACUUUGUUCGAUACCUGUACCCAAGUUUGCGAGAAAGUGGAUUGAUCUGAGAAAAUUGUACAGGAAUUUCUACAAAGUUGCAAAAGGCUCGCUUCAAAAAAUGGUAACCAAUCUUGGAAUGGAAUUCGAAGGGCGCGCUCAUAGCGGAAUGGACGAUGCUCGUAACAUAGCGAGGAUUUUACAAAAAAUGAUUGAAGAUGGCUGUGAAAUAAAGUUUAACGACUACCUCUCCGACCAUCCGCAACUGGAUACGCGCAGACUGGACGAAUUAAAAAAUGUGUAA